AUGGCCAGCGGCAGGUGCUGCCGAAUAAAGUCCCUGGCUGCUCUAGAUGCCGAUGCCGCGGCCGCUGGAGAUGCCGCUCUAGCGACAGAUGCCGAAGAAGUCACUGGCCGCUGGAGAUGCCGCCGGAAGUGCCGCUAUGAGAUGCCAAUGCCGCGGCCGCUGGAGAUGCCGCUCAAGCGACAGCUGCCGAAGAAGUCCCUGGCCGCUUGUGACCGUUUACACACUUCAGCAGUUUUUCAUCACAGUUUUUCAUUUGUCCUUUUGCAGGUGGCCAAUCUCCUGCGUCUUUUCCAGAUUCCUCAGAUCAGUUAUGCCUCCACCAGUGCGAAACUGAGUGACAAAUCCCGUUACGAUUACUUUGCCCGGACUGUACCCCCUGAUUCCUACCAAGCCAAAGCUAUCGCUGAGAUCCUCCGCUAUUUCAACUGGACUUACGUCUCCACUGUUGCCUCAGAGGGCGAUUACGGCGAGACGGGUAUCGAUGCCUUUCAGCAAGAGGCCCGCGCCUUGCAAAUCUGCAUCGCUACGUCCGCCAAGGUCAGUCGUUCCAUGGACCGCUACAGUUAUGAUGGAGUAAUCAGAUCUCUGUUGCAGAAGUCCAAUGCUAAAGUAGUAAUCCUCUUCACCAGAAGUGAAGAUGCAAGAGAGCUCUUGGUUGCAGCAAAGCGCAUGAACGUUUCCUUCAUCUGGGUGGCCAGCGAUGGCUGGGGGGCGCAAGAGAGUGUGGUGAGAGGGAGCGAGACUGUAGCGGAUGGAGCUUUUACCAUUGAGCUCGCGUCCUACCCGAUCCCUGAAUUCGCAGCGUACUUCACAAACCUCAAUCCUUACAACAACACACGUAACCCCUGGUUCAGGGAGUUCUGGGAAAAUCGCUUUCAGUGCACCCUGCACGACAUUAAUUGUGGGAAACAUUCUCUCCGGGAUGGCAAAUUCGAGCAGGAGUCCAAGAUCAUGUUUGUGGUCAAUGCUGUCUACGCUAUGGCCCAUGCCCUUCACAACAUGAGACAAGCACUGUGCUCAAAUACCACCAAACUCUGCAGUGCCAUGAAACCAGUGAAUGGAAAAAAGCUGUACAAGGACUACAUCCUGAAGGCAAAUUUUGACUCUCCAUUUCGCCCAGCUGAUACAGAAAACAAUGUUCACUUUGAUGCUAAUGGAGACAGUCUGGGCCGCUACAACAUCUUCCAUUAUCACAGAGAGAAUGAUGAGUACGUCUAUAGGAAAGUGGGGUAUUGGGCUCGGGAUUUAACUCUGAACACAAGCUUGAUUCCUUGGGAAAGCCAAGUGGUGCCCACGUCCCAGUGUAGCGACCCAUGUAGAAAAAACGAAAUAAAGAGCAUGCAGCCUGGUGACGUUUGCUGUUGGAUUUGCAUUCCCUGCCAGCCCUACCAGUACCUCCUUGACGAAUUCACCUGUGCGGAUUGUAGCUUUGGACAGUGGCCUCUGGACAAUCUCACAGGCUGCUACAACUUACCCGAGGAGUACAUUCACUGGGAGGACGCUUGGGCUAUUGGGCCGGUCACCAUCUCUUGCCUUGGCAUGCUCUGCACACUCUUUGUCAUUGGCCUCUUCUUGAAGAACAAUGAGACACCAGUGGUGAAAGCAAGCGGACGUGAACUUUCCUAUAUUCUUCUGCUCGGUGUCCUCCUUUGCUAUUGCAUGACCUUCAUCUAUAUCAGCAAACCCUCUGCCGUAGUAUGCACGUUACGGCGGCUCGGCCUGGGCACUUCCUUUGCCGUUUGCUACUCUGCGUUGCUGACCAAGACCAAUCGCAUCGCUCGGAUUUUCAACGGCGUUAAAGAUGGAGCUCAAAGGCCGAGGUUCAUCAGUCCAGCUUCACAGGUGGCCAUCUGUGCUGCUCUUAUUUCCUGUCAGCUCCUGGUUGUUGUGGUCUGGCUUCUGGUUGAGGCUCCAGGGGUGAGAAAGGAGGUCAGUCCUGAAAGAAGAGACGUGGUGACAUUGAAGUGCAACAGCAAGGACUCUAGCAUGCUGAUGUCUUUGACCUACAACUGUGUCCUCAUCAUCCUCUGUACAUUUUACGCCUUUAAGACUCGAAAGUGCCCAGAGAACUUCAAUGAAGCCAAGUUCAUCGGCUUCACCAUGUACACCACGUGCAUAAUCUGGCUGGCUUUCCAGCCGAUCUUCUAUGUUACUGCCAGUGACUAUAGGGUACAGACCACUACCAUGUGCAUCUCUGUGAGUCUGAGUGGUUCAGUGGUGCUGGGCUGCCUCUUCGCUCCCAAGAUCCAUAUCAUCCUCUUCCAGCCCCAGAAGAACGUCACCACGCUCAGAGUGGCCACCACCCGAUUCAGUGUGACCACUGGCCCUGGCUCCAGCUUCUCUCAAGCCUCGGCCUCCAACAUCGUGCCUACAGUAUGUAAUGGCAGAGAGGUAGUGGACUCAACGACAUCUUCACUCUGAGAAACAGGAUUCCUGUUUGUUUGCCAAAUGCGGUAUACAGAUAAAUCUUAUCUUCACUAGUCAUGAAAUCAAGUGUUUGCUAAUGUUGAGGAGGCUAUUCGGAAUAAAGAAUGCCUGUAAUGUUGUUCUCAACGUGCUGUGAGUACAAUAUCCCAUUUUGUUUCUCUCUCUCUUUCUCUCUCUGACUAGUUAGAUAAUAUCAGUGGGAUGCCAGUUUAAACUCUGUAUACCUGUUCUUUUUAUGGAAACCAUAAUAAAGUAUUGUUUGAGAUAUGGAGUUAAAAUAUAGUAAAUCUGUUUAAAGUAUUAUAUACAAGAUGUUUUUAAUGUAGAUUUAUGGUGAUUCUGGUUUGUGCUUUCUUGUAAUUUAUGUAAAUAAAAUGUGUUUUAUAUGAAUACAAGCUCUCCUGGUUGGUUAUACUGUCUUGUACUAUAUAAUAUGUACAAUGUUACAAUGUACAUUUAAGAAAAUAUCACUCUUCAGCUUUAAAGAAUUAAAUAUUAUGCAGUGUUCAUGGUACAGCUUAAAAACUUGUACAUUGUCUCCAUCUAGAGGAUGUAGGUGCUCAUCACAUCAAAUUGAAUGAGGCUUAACUAAAAUGAUCAUUAAUAUGUAUUUUUAUGUUAAAUGCUAAUUUGUUGCACUGUCUAAAAUAAUGCCCUGAAUGAGCCUUUUAUAAUACAGGUGAUACAAAUGCAAUAAAUUAUGCCCCUAAUUUCAUUGUUGCAUAAAUUUAUUUCAUUAGCUACCAUGUUAGAAGAUAAACCAAUAAGAAAAAUAAAAAGACAAAUAUUGCAAAUGCUGCUAUUACUGCAACUGUAAUGGACAAAGUAUCGUAUUUAUAUCCUUCAUCCUUAAUAAUCACAAUGUCCACACAUACAUGCAGGCUACCACAGUCUGACCCAUGUUACAAAAACUGUGUAGGCUACACUGUGUUGCACACUCAAUCACUGGUGAUAAAAUAACAAAUGGGAAAUUGUCCCUUCAACCUGAUGCAUUCAUGUUUUGUGACGGUCACAUCUGCAUUUCUGCCUCAUUGUUUUUAUCAUUUAUAAUAGUUUUAUAAUGUUUCUUUUGUAACACAAAAGUAUUGUAACAACAAUAAUAAUAAUUUGACAAAUUGAAAUUGCAGGAUGUCUCCAUUUAAGAUGCACCAUAACCUGAAACUUAUCAGAGAAAUAUAAGCAAAUAUCAGUUAAAUAAAAACACUAGCAAUAAGGAGGACAAAAUUUUGAGGUUUACUGAUGGAUUGGUUGAUUGAGUGAACAUCAUGAACAUUUUCAGAACCAAAUUGUGUGUUUUAUGAAUUAUGAAAUGUGUCAAUUUUAAAAACAUUACAAUUUUGGUGACUUAAUUUAAGACAACUGUCAUUUAAAAGGGGGGAAAAAAGGAUCAUAAAUGUAAAUUUUCCUCAACACUGCCCAAAUUAAACCACGUUCUCUGUGACUUUAACUAUUUAAUUAUAACACUAAAAAAGAUUAACAAAAAAAAAAGGUCAAAUUUAUGAAUCUGUAUGAUGAUCUGAUGAAUGUUACGUACAUUGCUUUAUUACCUCUGUUUUUUUUAUUUAUUUUUUUUAGUUUUUUAAUGAUUGCUUUCCUUCCACUACUUUAUGCAUUUGUCUUCCUUCAUUAUUUAUAUUAUGAUAUCAUCCAUUGUUAUAUUGAUAGGAUUGAUAUUCUUGUUCAUACUUGCAAUUAAAAAAUAUAUAUAUUUUAUUUAUUUAAAAAAUAAAAAAAAAAUAAAAAAAAAAAAAGAUUACGAAAAAAUGACAGAAAGAUAUAUUAAUACCAUAUUAGCUGAUGGUUUACAGUAUGUUUGUGUAAACUACAGUUACUGUGGUACAAAGGUCUGAGUAACUAGGGAGGGAUGUGACGUAAACUUUUUGAAACACGGAAGUCAGGCUGCAGACAGUCCCGAAGUGUGAGAGUGAAUCUGCAAACUUUCACUGCACCGUCAAUAGCAG